AUGGCAGCCGCCUGCAUGGCUGGUCGUUCGGGGCUGAAGGGGAGGGCGAAGGUGGCGUGGGGAGCCCUUGGGGGUACCGGCACCCGGGGACCCUGCCUGAAGGGAACGGGCUGGCUUCGGCUGGCGCGAUCGGGUCUGACCAGGAGCCGGUGGAGCUCUGCUGGAGACCGUAAAGCGGUGUCUGUAGAAGUAGGGAGUAGAAAACUAGAAAUUUCCUCUGGAAAAUUAGCCAGGUUUGCUGAUGGAUGUGCUGUAGUACAGCUAGGGGAUACGUCGGUGAUGGUGACAGCAGUCAGUAAAACGAAGCCCUCUCCAUCUCAGUUUUUGCCUUUGGUGGUGGAUUAUCGACAAAAAGCUGCUGCAGCAGGAAGGAUUCCCACCAAUUACCUGAGAAGAGAACUUGGUUCCACUGAUAAAGAAAUUCUUACCAGCAGAGUAAUAGAUCGGUCAAUUAGGCCACUUUUCCCAGCAGGCUACUAUUAUGAUACACAGAUCCUUUGUAAUCUUUUAGCUGUUGACGGUAUCAAUGACCCUGAUGUGCUGGCAAUCAAUGGAGCUUCUGCAGCCCUUUCAUUAUCCGAUAUUCCAUGGAAUGGCCCAAUUGGUGCUGUGAGAGUAGGAAUGAUUGAUGGAGAAAUCAUAGUCAAUCCCACUCGAAAAGAAAUGUCUUCUAGUAUUCUAGACUUGGUUGUCACUGGAGGUCCUCGUAGCCAGGUUGUUAUGUUGGAAGCUGCAGCAGAAAACAUAUUGCAACAGGAUUUCUGCCAUGCCAUCAAAGUGGGAGUGAAGCAUGCCCAGCAGAUAAUUCUAGGCAUACAACAACUGGCGAAAGAGCAGGGUGUUGUCAAGAGGACUGUCCAGAAGUUUUUCACUGCUCCAGAGGAGAUUGUGGAUUGUGCGAAGCAGAUUGCGUCUGAAAAGGUUACUGCCGUGUUCUCGGACUACAGCCAUGAUAAAAUUUCAAGAGAUGAAGCAAUUAACAAACUUAGGCUUGAAACAGAAGAACAGCUGAAAGAAAAAUUCCCAGAGGCAGAUCCUUAUGAAAUAAUGGAAUCGUUUAAUGUCGUUUCCAAGGAAAUUUUCAGAAAUCUUGUUCUCAAUGAGUACAGAAGGUGUGACGGUCGAGACCUGACUUCACUUAGAAAUAUCAGCUGUGAAGUGGACAUGUUCAAAACUCUUCAUGGGUCAGCAUUAUUUCAGAGAGGUCAAACUCAGGUCCUGUGUACAGUUACGUUUGAUUCAUUGGAAUCAAGUGUAAAAUCUGAUCUUAUCACAACAGCUAUCAGUGGAAUAAAAGAAAAAAACUUCAUGCUCCAUUACGAGUUUCCUCCAUAUGCAACUAACGAGACUGGCAAAUUUACUGGUGUAAACAGAAGAGAGCUUGGUCAUGGCGCACUUGCGGAGAAGGCUUUGAAACCAGUGAUUCCCCAAGAAUUUCCUUUCACAAUAAGGGUUACUGCAGAAGUAUUGGAAUCUAAUGGAUCAUCAUCAAUGGCCUCUGCAUGUAGUGGGAGUUUAGCCCUGAUGGAUGCAGGAGUCCCAAUAUCCUCUGCUGUAGCUGGUGUUGCUGUAGGUUUGGUUACAAGGACUAAUCCUGAAAAAAAUGGAGACAUUGAAGAUUAUCGCUUGCUAACAGACCUUCUGGGAAUAGAGGAUUAUCAUGGUGAUAUGGAUUUUAAAUUGGCUGGGACAAAUAAAGGAAUAACAGCUUUGCAGGCUGACAUCAAACUACCAGGAAUACCCCUAAAAAUUGUAAUGGAAGCCAUUCAGCAAGCUACUGUGGCAAAGAGAGAAAUCUUGCAGAUUAUGAACAAAACCAUUGCGAAACCUAGAGCAAGCAGAAAAGAGAAUGGACCACUUGUAGAAACUGUUGAAGUGCCACUGUCAAAAAGGGCAAGAUUUGUUGGCCCAGGAGGUUACAAUUUAAAGAAAAUUCAAGCUGAAACUGGAGUGACAGUUAGCCAACUAGAUGAAGAGACAUUUUCUGUGUUUGCCCCGACUCCAGCUGCUAUGCACGAAGCACGAGAAUUUAUUACUGAAAUCUGCAAGGAUGAUCAGGAAUAUCAGUUGGAAUUUGGAGCCAUUUAUACAGCCACAAUCACUGAACUGAGAGAUAUUGGAGUAAUGGUUAAAUUGUACCCAAACAUGACUCCAGUUCUCCUUCACAACUCUCAGCUGGAUCAAAGAAAGAUCAAGCACCCUAGUGCUCUUGGAUUAGAGGUUGGCCAAGAAAUCCAGGUAAAAUACUUUGGACGUGACCCAACUGAUGGCAGAAUGAGGCUUUCACGGAAAGUGCUUCAGUCUCCGGCUACAUCUGUUGUUAAAACUCUCAGUGACAAAAACAGUAUCGUAAUGGGAAGUGCUAUUCCAGAGUCUACUAGCUCAGCAUCAUAGCAAAAUCUGAAACCCCAGGAACUCUUCUGGACUUAUCAAUACUGUGAUUCUUUGAAUAGCUCUUUUGAAAUGUCAGGAUGCUAUCAUGUAGAGAUUGAAUAGCUCUUUUGAAAUGUCAGGCUGCUAUCAUGCAGGUUUGUAUUUUGUGCAGACAUUUUAAAUUUUGUAUAAAUAUUGUUCAUUGCAAGUUUAUUUUUUUCAGUAUCUAACUCACCCCCCUCCCCAUUCCAUAGAGUUGUUGGUGGUGGUUGUUUUCUUCUUCCCCUUCAAAAAACAGCAUACAUUCAUAAUAAUCCUGAUGAGAAUCAUAUAAAACUUGAUUCUGUGAUCUAGCUCCAGGCAAAUUGAACUGAUCCCUUCAGAUGGUAACAGAAGAACCAUGACUUUACCUUCACAAAGGCGGGUCAAAAGAAGCACAAUCACACACAUCACUUUUUUUUCAGUAUCCAUCUGCUUGUGAGAUUUUUUUUAAAAAUCUUAUAUGAUCAUAUUUUUAUAAACUGGAGAACAGGAUAUGACCUUCAAAACUGUUUCUCUCUCCAAUAAGCUUUGUUUCAUUAACUUUUAGCAGAGCUGUAUGUACAUCAUUCCCGUUUGAAACUAUUGGGAAAAACUAACAGCUAUAAAACUGUGCUACAAGAUUUGGAAAUAACUUCUAGUGGAUAUACAUUUCUCAGCAGAAGUGGAACCAUCAGAUAAGUCUCUGGACUGCCGAAGCGACAUAGUGACAUGAAGGAAUGGCAGAAUAAGGACGUUUUAUUUAUGAAAAGGGAAUAUUCUAGAGCUACCACUUUUCAGAGAUAAUGACAGCACAGAGUCUUUGUCUCUUGCAGUGCUAUCUUAAGCAGAGUUUUACACCCUUCUAUUGAAGUCACUGGACUUAUGAUACAACUUUGGUCAAGAUGAUGCUAUUCGUCACUUAGCUUCCAGGUCCUCUGAGCUCAUGCAUGCUGGAGCAUUCAAUGUGACUUGAGGGAUGGAAGAACCACGCUGUCUCCAUUCAGCUGCUGCUUGGGCUGACCACCUGUCAUGUUGGCGGACUGCAUCAAGGGGGGAAAGAAGACAGGUGUGAGCAGUGGAGUGUAAGUGAGCACAGCCUUGCCUUUUCUCAGCAAUCAUCUGUUGUCAAGGAAACAGUAAAUAGCGUGGCCUAACAGGACCAUAAAAUGCAAGCUGACAAACAUUAAAAUUUUCACAAGCAUUCUGUAAGUCUCUUAGGAUUAUUUGUGGGAUGGUCCUCUGUCCUUUUAAUAAAGAUGUGCACUCUGAUCAUUUAACGUACAAACAUCUUGUCAUAGCAUUUAAAUAAUAUGUCUUACUGUGGAGAAGGUCAUACACCACCUUAAAACAAAAAUGAAAUUGUUUAGAACAUUACAGGGUGUGUGGAAUUUCCUGCUGCAAUUCAUAAUUCUGGUUUCAAGAUAUUAUGUAACUUCUACUCAGAACUGUACUACUUGGUAGAAGUUAUAGCCUAAAGGAAUAAAAAGCAAAACGGCUCAAUAAGUAGAAUUUGGUUGCCAAAACUUCUUGUCAAGUGCUGUUGAAUCCAGAAUCAGACACAUUCUAUCAAGAAAAGGCAUGUGGAAUUUUUCUGAGAUCAAGCCAAUAAUAUCUAUUAAAGAAAUAUAUCUCAGUUUAAAUUACAAACCUUCAUCAUAGUAUCCUGGAAUAUAAAAAAUCUGUAAAAAGAAAACCGCAUUUAUCAUGUACAGCUGUAUAUUUUUGCUACUUGAGCUAUUAAAAUAUUAACUACACUUGUUUCAUUUUCCAUUAAAACGUAUUUCAAGAAUACAUA